AUGCGGAACAGGCAUGCGAACAGGUAUCCCGGCUGUCGAUGUGACCUUCCAAGUGCUACUUAUCAAUUCUCAUUCGCACCCUACGCCGACUGGCCCCAAUUUUAUUCUUAUGCCGAGGAUAUCAAGAAAUAUUUCAAAAUAUUUGCCGAAAAAUUUCACAUUGUUUCUCAUAUCCGCCUUCGACGCAAAGUUACAGCAGCGGUUUAUGACGCAGCCUCGGGUGCGUGGGACGUAACGGUGCAGAACUUGGAAACAUUGCAAAUGCGCACGGAGACCUAUGAUAUCUUUGCACCAGCAACGGGUGUCUUGAGUAACGUAAAUCGACCAUUUAUUCCCGGUUUGGAGUCGUUUACCAAGACACCAGUUCUGCACACCGCUGAAUGGCCCCAUUGUGCAGAGAAGUCUAUCAGUGCUGUGAUUGGCGUCGGUUGCUCUGGUCUGCAAACAAUCGGAACCAUUGCGCCUCAUUGCAAGACUUUGGACGUUUAUGCCAGAACGAAAUUUUGGAUAAUCCCCCCCGUCGGCGCGGUUGACACACUGAAAGAACAAGAAGAACGUACUCUAUUUAUCGAGAGGCCAGAGACACUGUACAAGCAUCUCAAGGAAAUUUCUUCCUCAAUAAACACUUUGUACGGUUCGUGGUCACCGUCGCGUCUACUAAAUCAAAGGAAACUCGCUAAGCCAACAUCUCCAGAUUUUCUGCGAAGAGAUUCUGUGGGACAAAUGUGUCGCAGAGCCACACCUGGUGCCGCUUUCUUUGAAGCGCUGAAACUUCCGAACGUUACUUUUAUAAACGAUCCCAUCAAAAAAAUCACUCCGAACGGUAUUGUCACUGAAAAAGGCGUUGAGCGUCCGGUGGACCGUCUUAUUCUCGCGACUGGGUUCGAUACGAGUUUCAAGCCAAGAUACCGGCUCCGAGGAAAAGACGGCAUCGACCUGAGAGAUGCCUGGUCUCAGAGACCGAAAGCCUACUUGUCAAUAGCGGUUGCGGGAUUCCCCAAUAUGUUCUUCAUAGGUUGUGGGCCCGGUAUCACAUACGCUAAUGGGCCAUUCUUAACCUGUGUAGAAGCACAAGCGGACUACGUCGUGGCAUGCUUGUCUAAGCUGCAGAAGCAGGACUUGAAGUCCAUGGAAGUUGACCGUGAUGUACAGGAGGAAUAUAACAUUCAACAAGAGUCCCUUAUGAAGGAUCUUAUAUGGUCCGACCCCUGCGCUUCCUGGUAUAAGGGUGGCAAAGUUGAUGGUGAACCGGACGCACUGUACGCGGGAAGCACUCUCCAAUUUAUGGAAACACUGGCGUCUCCCAGGUGGGAAGACUGGAAGUUUGUUCCCUUGUAUCAAAACCGCUUCUCUUUCUUGGGAAACGGGGAAUCCUCGAUCGAGGCUUCUGGAGGUGACAGAGCGUACUACAUCACAAUGGAAGACGCGAAGAAUGCCCUCAAAGCUAGCGACUAUAAAGCCGAUUGA